ACAUAUCAAGGACCACCCAUUCCCUUCCAUGGACAUUCCACAAAAAAAAAUUUCCAGAGAGUUGCAGACGGCUAGAAUCAUGAAAGAAAACUUGUCUGUGGCCAUACUGGAUCCAACCGCCGCUAUAAAGCAUGAUGGGCAUUGUGCCUUUGACAGUGGAGGUUUCAAAUAUGUGAGAUAUUCGAGCAGAAUUGUAGUUGAGAAUCAUGCGAUAUACUUGCAGCGUACGAAUAGAGGCAUUCCAGAUCACCUUUUGUGA